AUGGUGGGGUCAAGCUGUGCCACGGUGUGCUACCUGCACAGACACAUGAAGAGCAUGAAAGAGAUCGGCAGCCCCUUCUCCUCUCCCCGACUGCACAGUCAGAUGAGGGUCACCAUCGCCGGUAUCCUGCAGGGAAUUCUCUUCUUCUUUACAGCAGUGUGGAUUUUCAUUCAUUACUUAAGCAACUUUGACGAUAAAACCUUUUCUGAGUGUUUCUAUGCUGCUUAUCUAACAAUGGUGUACAUGGCAUCAACCAGCAUGUCAACAUCUGUAUGGCUGAAUUUCUUCUACUACACCCAGAUCGUCCCUGCCCAGCGAGCUCUCUUCACCUGGGAGAAGAGGAACAUCAAAAGCAUCAUCUACUGGGGCCUAUUUGGCGACAGGGUGUUCUUUAUUUUUCAAUUUGCUGUGAGGGCUACUGGAGAAUUUUAUUCCUCAGGAAAAGGACCUACUAAUAGCACAGGUUUCACAUCAACGAAUGGCACUGCUAAUGUCUCUCCCAAAAAGGUGCUGCUUAAUAACACAACCACAUUAGCCAACGCCACUGAUGCUGCCUCUAUAACAGUCCUGCUUCACACACUGAUAGCAAGUCAGUCGUUGAAAAUUAUCUAUGUGCUUUUUGGCCUCUGUGUGAUGGUGGGGUCAAGCUGUGCCACGGUGUGCUACCUGCACAGACACAUGAAGAGCAUGAAAGAGAUCGGCAGCCCCUUCUCCUCUCCCCGACUGCACAGUCAGAUGAGGGUCACCAUCGCCGGUAUCCUGCAGGGAAUUCUCUUCUUCUUUACCGCACUGUGGAUUUUCAUUCAUUACUUAAGCAACUUUGACGAUAAAACCUUGUACACAGUAAUCUCUCUCUACAUGUUCGGCACCUCUUUAAACCUGGGCAUCGGUCAGGCUGUUUUCAGGCAGAGGGCAGCUGAUAUUUGUCUCAAAGCCCAACAGGCUGUAAACUCAUUGAAGCCAUGAGGAUGAUACUAAGUUAACAAAAUAUGAAACAUAGUCAAUAAAAUACAUUAAAGGGAUAGUUCACCCAAAAUGCACAAUUGCACAAUGGUUUCUCUACCCUGUAAGCAGUCUAUGGUUAAGGUAAG